CUAAUUUUGAUGUUGCAUGAGUGACAGAUGUAGGAAGCCUAAACGAAAAUGGCUGCACAAGAUCGAUAAAAGUUGCACCUUGUUUUUGGUAAAUUUUACUCGACGAAUUUCCUAAAUGAAAUGUUAAAAACCGCGUAACGUUAUAGUGCACCGAUUUUAUUAGUGUUCCCAACUAAUCUACUGCUUUCUAUUAGAGUUUAAAUCGAAGAAACACCAGAAAUGUUAUAGCUAAUUAUGUAGUAAUUGUUUUGCAGAGAUAUACAGAGCAUAAAGCUGCGUUCGCGCCUGCAAAAAAUGGCCACGACUCAAGGAGAAAUUAGGGUGGGUCCCGGCAACCAGGCCCGCCUGCCCGAUUACCGACCCGGUGUGCCUCCCGAACAGCUGUCGCCCGAUCCCGAGCAGACGAGAAUUCGGGAGGAACUGCGCUGGGUGCCCGCCAUGACUUUGGACGCCGAUCUCUUAAUGUAUCUGAGAGCCGCUAGGUCUAUGGCGGCGUUCGCCGGCAUGUGCGACGGGGGAUGUCCCGAAGACGGAGCCAACGCUGCUUCCAGGGACGACACUACCAUCAAUGCGCUCGAUGUGCUACACGAUUCCGGCUACGACCCAGGCAAGGCGUUGCAAGCGCUAGUAAAGUGUCCGGUGCCCAAAGGAAUUGACAAAAAAUGGAGCGAGGAAGAAACCAAGCGAUUCGUCAAAGGUCUAAGACAGUUCGGCAAAAAUUUCUUUAGAAUCAAAAAAGAUCUUCUACCACACAGAGAUACGCCCGAAUUGGUCGAAUUCUACUACCUGUGGAAGAAAACUCCCGGAGCGAACAACAACCGGCCGCACAGGAGGCGGCGUCAGGGAUCGCUGCGCAGAAUCAGGAACACGCGUAAUAGUAGAGGAGGUAAUACAUCAAGUAGUGCAGGUCGCAACGUACCUCCGGAAACGGAAAACAAUCGCCCCUCCCCGCAACCGGGAAAGGAACCUGGCGAGACCAGUUCGGUCACGGAAGAUGACAACGACAGCGAAGAUGACAGCGACAGUCGCGAGGCGCAAUACAGAUGUUCGCAUUGCUUCACCACAAAUUCGAAAGAUUGGCAGCCCGGCGGCAAAGAUAGGCAACUGUUGUGUUUCGAUUGUAGGACGCAUUACAAGAAAACUAACGAGUUGCCGUUGUUAACUGCUCCGGCGGCUGGUGGUGGCAAUACCGAUUCUCCGGAUACGAGUCCGCAACGCAUGCGCACGCGCAACAAAGCGAAAGAACAAACGACGAACAAGGCGCGGCCCAAACGGGGAGGUACCGAAACGCCGGAACCUAAAACGCCGAUCAAAUCCUCGCAGAACGCCGACAAGACCACGCCCACGCAAGGCGGUACCACCCCCGGCAAGAAGAAGAACAAAUCGGACAAACCCGAAACGCCGACCAAAAAUAAGGAUAGCAGGAAGAGGCAGCAGGACAACAAGUCCGAAGAGAUCGAUAUCGAGGAGAGGGAUCUGGGAUUGCUCAAGAAGAAGAGGGAUAGAGCGGAGAGUCCUUGCAGCCUUACUACGGAUUCUGAAACUGUUAACGACGACGUGGAGAACCCAGAGAAUGAAAUCGAAAGUACGGAGGCGAACCCGCCUUGUGGUACCGGCGGUGCUGCCAACAUUGCUACAUCUGCUGUACCUACUAUACCUAUUACAUCAACAAUCGCUACGCCACCAUCGCAAGAAUCUCUAUGUAAAAUACCCGCAAAGCAAGAAGUGGUAGAACCGCCGGACAUGAAACCGGAACCUCCUUCGCCGCCAUGUUUACCUCCCAUUCCGUUGAAACCUCACUUAACGGAACCCAUGCCGCUCAACGUGUCUAUACGUUUACCGGACGAUUUGAACGAAAGAAAGAAUCUCAUCAAGCGCAACCUAGAUUCGUCUUUGGACAGCAAGGAUGUCAAAUUCAAUAUUGACGGUACUAAUAACUAUAAUUCUGAUACAAUUAUGGGCAUGAAAUUUAAUCCGCAAACGGCGGAAUAUAAAUUCGACACCAGUAUCAAAUCCGACAACUCCGAUAUCGAACCCAAAGAAGAACCCAAAGAGGUACCCGUUACUCAGGUUCCUAUUAUACCGGAAAAACCUUUCAAAACAGAGUUGAUCAUCCCGAAAAUUCACCCCGUAAAGGACGAAUUGGAUUCUAACGAACCCAUUAUUACCAAGGAAGAAUCGUCUUAUAAAGAUAACAUUUUCCUGCCGCAGAACCUGAUGAAGGAACCCAUGAGUUACGGCAUAAAAGAACAUCCGAUCAAUCAUUUGGCGAAUAAAAUGAAUAAGGAUACAUCUUCGCAGGAAAAUAAGAUAAUAAUACAAGAAGCAACGGAUAGGAACCACUUUGGCGAUAUGAAACAGGAACCUUACAAUUAUCAACCGUCUAAAGACCCAAACGCGACGACGGCCGUUACAAUUAACAGCGUUAAUAAUACUGUUAUAAAACUGGAACCCAGAGAAGAACCCAUGGAACUGACUAGUCAAAACAGGAACGAACCUCCGCAGGGUUACGGUACCAUGCCGCAACCUUUGAACAUACCCCAAGUGAUACCGAUGACGCAAACUAUACCUAUCUACGAUGAAGAGAAACGUUUGGAGAAGCUUGAGAGACCAGAACGGGUCGACAGACCAGAUAUGGUCUCGAUUCCGACCCCAUCGAUCGGCCAACCGCCGCUUCCGAGCUUGGUAUCCGGAAAUUUGGUGACCAUCGGCGGUUCUCAGCCGCCGCCUCCCAUCAACCACUACGGCUUCAUGACCGGCUUGAGUCCGUUCAAUCACCCGCAGAGUCCCAGAAACCUAGAGAAAAACCCGCCGACGCACCAAAACGAACAACCGCAGAAUCUCAAAAUCAAACAGGAAGUCCAGGAGAUUCCGAUCAGCCAGAACCAGCCGCUGCCGCCGAACCAUCUGAGCGGGCUGAGCAGUUUUACGCAGAGCGCUUUGGGAAGCGGCGGAGGCGGGGUGAGCAGUCAACCGCCUCAAAGCCUGGCGUUGCCGCCCGCUUCGCAGAAUUUGCCGACGAGUCUGCCCACGUCGGGCGGGUUCGUGGCGCCGCCUAGUCAUCUGCCCAGCCCCAUGUCGGAUCCGUUGCAGAGUCUGAAGGACGUUAAGAUACCCGGUUAUAUUCCACCGUCGUCUCACAGUAAUCAAUCGUCCCAAUCGUCGUCGAACGACAGAAACGAACGACCGUCAUCGGGCCCGGUGAUCGUGGAAAACAUCAAAAAGGAACCGGAGUAUAUAAGAUCGUCGAGUACGGGUCCUAGUCCGAAACCGCUGUCCGAAAAAUGUUCGACGCCCAAGAGCAGCAGCAACACCAACACGCCCACGCCGCAACAAACGCCGCCACCUAUGCGCCAACAAUGUACAAAUUCCCCGCAUUCCGCUAUGAAUCUGAUAUCGCCGAGCGCGGCCCCGCCCACCUCUCUUCCGCAACCGCACCCCUCGCAACCGCACGGUCCUUCCUACGGUUCGAUGCACCCCCACCAUCCGCAUCUUGUCCAUCCCUCGUUCCUUCAAAUGCAAUUCCCCGGUCCGCAUCCCUACUCCGGAUAUCCCUUUUCCUAUCCGUACUCGUAUCCGGUGGUACCGCAACCGCAUCCUGUACCACCUCCUACCAGUCGUCACGAAAUGGUCGUUGCACCGAAAUCCAUCGAUACGGUUAGCGCUACGUUGAUGUCGUCGCAGCACAGCACCAGUUCCACGUUGACCUCGAAGCGCGAAACUAGGGAGGCGGACGAAAACGGAGGGGAGCGGCAUCAGUCGCACGAAAUGACGUUGACGAAUCAUCAGAGCACGUCGCAUAAUAGUUCGGUGCACGCGACUAUCGACAAGCACAAUUAUGGCAGCACCCACAGCCUUACUAUAUCGCACAGUACAAGUACUAGUAGCAGUCAGAGCGUGCAGCACAAGGUGAAUCAGAAAACGAUCAGGAGUAGUUCGCCUCAUCAACCUGUUUCGCAGGUGAAUUACGACGUCGAACUUCCCGAUCGGCCGAUAUUCAAGCCUAAUUUUCAGUCGACGUCGUCGGCUAGCCUUAAUCAUAGCUCUUCGGGCUCGAAUAGUAGCCAUCAGCACACCCAUCACCAUACCCACACGCACCACGACCGUCUGUCGCCCGGUACUCAAUUGCUGCGUCACAGCAUACACAAACCGCCCACUCCUCAAGCGCCUAACGCCCACCACCUCAUGAUCCAGCCUCCUAAUAUGGGCCAUCAUCCUUCGUCGCUCGAAGCGUUGCGCGCGCACGCCGCUCAGGCGGCCGCCAACAUGCACCCGCCCUCUUCGCCCAUGAAUCCGCCUCCUAAAAUGGUCUCCGACGAGGUCAUUAAGGUGGAACCCGAUCCGGAACCCAGUACGCCUGAGGAGGAGGGACAACAGAGUCCCAUCGGACCGCCUAGGGGGCCGUCGCCCGAGCCUAGGAUCGAAGACACCGAGUGUCAUAGAAGUCAAAGUGCAAUAUUCCUCCGCCACUGGAACAGGGGCGACUACAACUCGUGCACGAGAACGGAUCUAACCUUCAAACCGGUGCCCGAUUCUAAGUUGGCGCGUAAACGCGAAGAGCGGAUACGAAAGCAGGCGGAGCGCGAGAGGGAGGAGCGCGAGCGGGCGCAACAGGCUCAACAAAGGAAAAUAACGACGCCCGAGAAGCCGGAUGUCAAACCGCCGUCUAGGGGCCAUCUGGAGACCGUCAGCAGUCCGUACGAGAGGUUCCCGAGGCCGGGAUUCAACGACACGCCAGCUUUGCGGCAGUUGUCCGAGUACGCCAGGCCUCACGCUGGGUUCAGUCCAGGACACAUGCCUAGAUCUUUGUUACCGCCGUCUCACGUUAUGGAUCCGAUGCUGCAGUACCAAUUGAACAGUAUGUACGGUCCCGGAGCUCGAGAAAGGUUGGAACUGGAACAUUUGGAGCGCGAGAAGCGCGAACGAGAAAUCCGCGAGCUGAGAGAACGCGAACUGAACGACAGACUGAAGGAAGAAAUCAUGAAGAGCGGCAUGCGCGGCCCCGCCAACCCCAUGGACCCGCACUGGUUGGAGAUCCAGCGGCGGUACGCCGCCGCCGGUCUAGCCGGACCGGGAGGGCCUGGCGGAAUGCCGCUUCACCACUUCGCCCUGUAUCCGGGCCAGGGCGGUGCGCAGCUGUCGCAGAUGGAACGGGAACGGUUGGAGAGAUUGGGUAUACCGCCGCCGCCGGGAGGGCCCGGGCAACCGGGCGGACCGCCUCCCGGCCAUCCGCAUCACCCCGCUCAUCAGGCACAACUGGAGGCGGCCGAACGGCUGGCUCUGGCCACCGAUCCGAUGGUGCGUCUGCAGAUGGCCGGAAUAUCGCCCGAGUAUCACGCGCACACGCACGCCCACACUCACGCCCACACGCACCUGCAUUUGCAUCCGCAACAGCAGCAGGCGCAACAAGAAGCGGCCGCCGCGGCGGCUGGUUUUCCGUUACCAGCUUCUGGGGCUCCAGGUUACCCUCGACCCGGUUUGAUGCCGAGCAGAGACGGUCCGCUGGGUUUGCACCAUCCGGAUCUAUUGGGACGACCGUAUGCUGACCAAUUGGCUCAUCAAGCGGCUGCUCACGAACAAUUGCAGAGACAGAUGCUGCUAGAAAGAGAUAGGUUUCCUCCGCAUCCUUCGAUAGUAGCUCAACACGAAGAGUACUUAAGGCAACAAAGAGAACGAGAACUUAAAGUACGGGCUUUGGAAGAAGCCGCUCGAGGUUCCAGAUCUUAAGAAACUGGAUCGUUCAGACUGCCACACACAAGUAUGGACGAAAGCUGUCAAAAAAUAUAUAUAAACAAAGAUUAUAUCAUAUAAAUAGUUUGAAUCUUGAAUUUAUUCUUAUAGAUUUAAUUUAUAUUUUAAAAUAGUAAAAACAAAAAAAAUAUAUAUAUAAACGACAGAUAUUUUUUAAGAUCAAAAAAAUCGACUAUAUAUAUACAAUUUUAAUUUUUUUUUAAAGUAUAUUUUGCAUAAAAGUAGGAUUUUUAAAUAAACGGACAUAAAAAAGAACGUUUCGGAAAAUGGUUGCAUAUUUAUUUUAUUUAAUGGAAUAAAACAAACAUAGGAUGUCCCCCAAAGACAAUCCCGUAUAUUUAUAUGUGUGGGGUAUUUUUUUUUCGAGUUUUUGUACAGUCUUCCUGAUAGUUAAAUAAUUAUAUUAUUUUUGUACAUACUUUUUUUUUAUACAUAUAUAAAAUACAUUUGUACAGGCUUUUUUAAAUUAUUUAGAUUUAUUAUAUUAUAUAUAAUUGGGUCUAGUGCUGUAAACAUUUCUUUUUAAAGAAAAACUUUAUAAAAAAAUGAUUUAUUUUAAUCCAUUUGUGCUCUUAAUAGUUCGAUUAAUAAUAAUAAUUAGUGCGUGUUUUUACUUAAACCACGCCUCCUUACAAACUUAUAUAGCUGUAAGUUCAUUUUUUUUACGAAAAGAUACGGUUUUAUUUUAUAAAUCACCCUGUAUUUAUUUCUAAGAUUAUCUGCAAAUAUUUACCCUUACUUGUUACUAUUAUCAUCCAAACCUUGCCCAUUUAAAAUGUUUAUUAUGUAAGUGUCCUUACAAUCUAUUGGACAUCAAUUUUUUAAACCACGCCUUUCUGAUAUAUUUUCUCAUGGUUAUUUGUUGUAAGUCCCGCCCACAUCUAAGAGAACAGUUUCCUCUCUGUCUUUAGGUGAAGAUUGUUUAUUAACCACGCCUUUUUUACUAGUUUUCAUAGUAACAAAAAGACAAUCUUAUAAAUAUGUAAUACACUGUAUUACUAUAUCAUAUAUAUUGCCAGAUAACUUUUUCAAAAAUAUUACUAUCUUUAAUUUGUACAAUGAAUACAAUCUUGGAAAUAAAAUAUUAAAGAAUAUCUAUAAUCUCUAUUUUCUAAGUGUACUACAAAUAUUGUCAGUGGAUCACAAAUUACGUCAUCAAUAAUAUAGUGUAUAUCAAACCCUCUCAGUUUUAUGACGUGGGUUUAAUUUGAAAAUUUUGAGUUUUUCUUUAAAAAAGAAAUAGUGCAACCAUUUAAAUCUUGAAAAAAAAAUAUAUAAAAAAUUUUAAUGUGAUUUUUUUUUGACUUU